AUGUCCGAGAUCAAUGUUUCGAGAGGUUCGGUCCUUUGGCUGGCCCGACAGAAGAUCGUGGACAACAACGGCUGUCAUGCCGCGCAGGAGCAUCGAAGCGCCAGCUAUAACCUUAGGUCUGGCGUCUACCCUCUGAAGGUGGACAUGUGCGAGAUGUCAGGGGGCGAGGUGCUGAAGAUGACCUACAGAGGGCCCGACACGGGCGGGAAGAAGAUCACGGUUCCCAAAAGUGCGCUGCGCUUGCCUGGCACGCUCAGGAUCGGCACCACCGGGUAA